AUGGCAGAGCACAGUGGCUUGGGUGACUGUCCGUCGUGGUCUGUAACGGGAAACGUGAAGCUGUGUGAGGAGCGAGGCGAAUGUGGUGGAGCCCUGGAGGAGGAGGGAGAGGAGCCCCGGCUGCCUGGUGAGGUGCUGCCCUUUGGGUCUGAGUUGCAGGGAGAGGAGAGAGGGAAGCUGGGUGAGGGUGGCCGGUGGUCUGGGGAGGCGGGGCUUGGGGCCCGCUCAUUGGGGGAGCCAGAAGUGACCCCACUGUCCUUAGCUGCGGACAUGGUUGGGAAACCUGCAGCUUCCGGGGCCUCGGGAAAUGGAGGGUUGUGUGAGGUGUCGGUGUUUGUGUCUUUUUGCGUGUCUGAAAGUGUGACAUUCAAGGACGUGGGUGUCUUCACUGAGGAAGAGCUAGCACUAUUGGAUAAGGCCCAGAUAAACCUGUACCAAGAUGUGAUGCUGGAGAACUUCAGGAACUUCGUCUCAGUGGGAGACCGGAUUAAAACCAACAUUUUGAAUCUUCAGGAAAAAGGGCUGGGUAACCUUUUGCAAGAAGUGCUCCACUGCUGGCAGAUUUGGAAACAAAGGCUCCGUGAAUUAACUGUGAAUCAGGAUUAUGUCAUGAAUUUUCAAGGAGAGUCUUCUCCCCAUUUAGAAGGAGAUGUUUCCCUCUGUGAAGAGUGGGCAGGGUUGUCUCUUCAGAUUUCUGAAAAUGAAAACUAUAUAGUAAAUGCCAUUCCUUUAGAAAAGCAAGAUGUCACAGCUUGGAAAGGCCUGACAUAGGUUGUCACCCCAGAAUCUUGGCAGAAAGCCAACGUAAUGUCUGAGGCCCAGAAUUCCCAGGAAACAUCUAAGAGAAUUCGCAUGGAAGAGACAUUGUAUGGCUAUGCUCUGUGUGAUGACAGCUUCCAUCGGACCUCACAUGAUCAUGGUGAUUUCCAAGAGUGGAAAGGAGAGGAACAUGGCAGAUGUCACAACUGCGGGAAAAACUUGGGUAUGAAAUCAACAGUUGAACAGCAUCAUGUGGCCCAUGCAGAGCCAUAACCUCGCAAAUAUAGUAACCAUGGGAUGGGCUUUAUAGAUGAUGCAAAUCCUAGUGUUUGUCACAGCACUCAUGUAGGAGAAUGAUCUUAUGAAUGUGACCGGCAUGGAAAGGACUUUAGUCAGAACCCAGACCUUGUUCAUUGUACAACCCAUCAUUCAGGUGAGAUGCCUUAUGGAUGGGCCACGGGCUGCACACACAGCUCAGACCUUCCCACACAUCAGAAAGUCCCCUCCGGAGAUAAACCCUACAAAUGUAAAGAAUGUGGCAAGGGCUUCAGGCACAGCUCCUCCCAGCACAGCCAUCAUCGUGUCCACACGGGGGACAUGCCCUACCAAUGUGACAUGUGUGGGAAGAGUUUUGGGUUUAGGUCACUUCUUUGUAUUCAUCAGGGAGUCCAUAUGGGGAAAAGGCCCUAUAAAUGCCAACAGUGCGGGAAGGGCUUUGAUCAGAGCUCCAAUCUUCUCGUCCAUCAGAGAGUCCACACUGGAGAGAAACCCUAGAAAUUCAGGGAGUGUAGCAUGUGCUUUAGUUCAAGCUCUGUUCUUCAAGUCCAUCGGAGGCCGCACAAAGGGGAGAAGCCUUAUAGAUGUGGCGAGUGUGGAAAGGGCUUCAGCCAAAGCACACACCUGCACAUUCACCGAGUCCACAUGGGGGAGAAACCCUACGAAUGCAACCUGUGCGGAAAAGAUUUGGCCUACAGUUCGGUCCUUCUCACUCAUCAGAGAGUUCACAUGGGAGAAAAACCAUACAAAUGUGAAAUGUGCAGUAAGGGCUUUGGUUAUAGCUCAUAUUUUCACUUACAUCAAAGAGAUCGCACCAGAGAGAAACCCUGUAUAUGUGAUGAAUGUGGGAAGGGCUUAGAUCUUCAUGUUCAUCUUUGAGUCCACACCGGAGAGAGGCCCUAUAAGUGUAAAGAAUGCGGUAAGGGCUUCAGUCGUAACUCGUAUCUUCUUGCUCAUAAGAGAGUGCAUGUAGAUGAGACACGAUACACAUGUUGUGAGUGUGGCAUGGGUUUUAGUUAUAGCUCAGACUUUCUUACUCAUCUCAGACUGCACAAGAGGACAGAAACAUUAUAAAUGUAGCAAGGCAGGGCUCACUCAGGAAAAUGGAAACCACUCUGUAUCCCUGAUCACAGAGGAUUCAUCAGCCUUUGGA